GCCUCAAUGUUGAUUUGAUUUCCCACUUAGAUUUUCAGACACUGAACACCCGCUGCUCAAGGAAAAUUACAGGGAAUUGCAAAAAAAAAAAUUAUUAAGAAACAAAAAAGGGAAAUAUGAAAGUCUACAUUUGUUCCAUGGUUUUUGUUCUCAUUUUGGCUUUCAGCAGUGUUGCUAGUGGAAUGGAAGGAAGGAAGAGCUUUGGUCAUGAGACAGAAGAAGCUAAAUAUGAAGUUCAUCCUUCCAGAGCAGAAAAGUGUUUUGAUGAUACCCUCCAUGAAUAUUUUGAGACUGGAGAAAGCUGGGCAAGGAUCUACCAAGGGACAGUGCAACAAUGCACUUGUAUUAACAGCCUAAUUGAAUGCCAAUAUGCACGAUAUACAGAUUGCAUCAUCAGUCCAUGCCUCCAUGGCGGUUCUUGCAGGAAGCUUGUCUUCACCAACAAAACAGUCUGUGGGUGCAAAGCACCUUUUGUAGGAAAAUAUUGUAAUAUCGUUCCUAGUCACCUGUGCUAUUCUGGCAAAGGGACACAUUACAGGGGCACUGUGAAGAAGACAGUUUCUGGAGAUAAUUGUCUGCCAUGGAAUUCAGAUUUGCUUUACCAAGAGCUUCAUGCUGACAUUGUUGAAAACCCUGUGCUGCUGGGAUUGGGACCACAUUCAUACUGCCGAAAUCCAGAUGAAGAUGAGAGGCCAUGGUGCUACACUGUUAAAGACAACUCAGUAUCAUGGGAAUACUGCAACAUUACAUCAUGUGCGAGCAGAAGAAGGAUGCCGCUGCUACCAACCCAACCCCCAGAAAUCUUUGAUGACUUUGCCGUGGUCAAGAAUUCAUGUGGGAGAAGACAUAAGAAGCGAAAUUUCUUAAGACCCAGAAUUGUAGGAGGAUCUUCUGCCUUGCCAGGAUCAUAUCCCUGGCUGGCCGGCAUAUAUAUUGGAAAAAGUUUCUGUGCUGGAAGCCUUAUCCGGUCUUGUUGGGUGGUGACAUCUGCACAUUGUUUUGCUAAUAGCCCACUGAAGUCAACUAUUCGGGUUGUUUUGGGGCAGCAUUUUUUUAAUGUAACAACAGAUGUUACUCAAGGAUUUUAUGUGGAGAAGUACUUCAUGUUUCCCGACUACACAGUAUACAACCCAACUGAAAAUGAUAUAGUUUUAGUUAAGCUGAAGAAGGCCAAACAACGUUGUGCAGUGAAGUCCCAAUUUGUUCGACCAAUCUGCCUGCCAGAAAACGGAAUGUCCUUUCCAGAUAAUCACAAAUGCCAAAUUGCAGGAUGGGGACACUUGCAUGAAAAUUCAUCCAGCUACUCUAGAGUAUUACAAGAAACAUCAAUUCCAAUCAUCCCUGAUUACAAAUGUCGAAACUAUGAUGUUUAUGGCGCUGACAUUAGUGAAAAUAUGUUCUGUGCUGGUUACCUUGAUGCCAAGUCAGAUGCCUGCCAGGGAGAUUCUGGAGGUCCGUUGGUCUGUGAAAAUAAUGGCGUAACUUACCUGUAUGGCAUUAUCAGCUGGGGUGAAGGCUGCAGCAAGGUUGGAAAGCCUGGUGUUUAUACAAAACUGACAAAAUAUGUGGACUGGAUAAAUGAGAAGAUAAACCCAACUCCGAAAGAGCAACUGUAGCUCCUUACAGUGACAAUACAUUUCACAUUUUGUUAAAAUUAUGGAUUGCCAAAAUAAUUGUUUAUGAUGCUAAAUGUUGUAAUUAACAUUUACAGGCA